AGAAAGGUUUGCACUUUUCUCUCUCCUUCAUCGGCACAGGCCUAGUACAGUCGAGAGGAUAGGUAGGAGAGAGCGGCCAUGGCGAUGCCCACCUUCCACCUCGCCCCCGACCUGCCGUCCGUCUCGCGCCUCUGCCUCGGGACCAUGACGAUGGGGGAGCAAAGCGGGCCGCCGGAAUCGCUCCGCCUCCUCGACGCCGCCUACGACGCCGGCGUCAACUUCUUCGACUCCGCCGAGAUGUACCCGGUGCCGCAGCGCGCGGAAACGCACGGGCGCAGCGAGGAGCUCGUCGGCCGGUGGCUGCGGGCCCGGCGGGUCCCCCGCGACAGCGUGGUGCUCGCCACCAAGGUCGCCGGGCCGUCUGGUCAGAUGACGUGGAUCCGUGGCGGGCCGGUGGCUCUCGACUCCAGGAACAUCACCGAGGCAAUCGAUUCCAGAAUCAGUUUGCUGGCGUACAGCCCAAUGGCAAUGGGUAUACUUUCAGGGAAGUAUCACUCAUCUGAUGACAGCGGACCGCCAGAUGCAAGGAUGAAUCUUUUCAUGGGGAGAUACUCCGAGGGUGAAUCCAGAUACAAUCUGAAGAACCCCAAACUGGAAUCGGCAGUGAAGGAAUAUAGAAGAAUUGGCGUCAAGUAUGGCAUUUCGCCAUCAAUCCUAGCAGUUGCAUUUGUACUCAGACACCCCCUUGUGGGUUCAGCUGUUUUCGGUGUUACUAAAUUAUGGCAGCUCGAGGAGGUUCUUCAGGCCACAGGGGUCCAUCUCUGUGAAGAAAUAUUGGCGGAGAUCAAUGAUGUACAUGCAAGAUUUCCCAAUCCUUGUCCAUAAUAAUGUUCCAAAAUACGAUAUUUUUCUUUGUCCAUUGCGAUAUCCAGAUAUGAUAAAUAGGCGGUAGCAAUUUGUGCAUGUCAUCCUUGUGAAUCUUCUUUGUACCGUUCCAAUUUUAUCAGUUCAUGUCUGCGAAGGGACAAUAGAGAGUAGCAAUUUUGCAACGCUGAGUUAGCCAUCUACUUGUCUUUCCUCAGCCUUGUCAGUUUUAUGGAACAUAUGAAUUGACUGUUCUGAAGGUGA